UACACCUAUCAGCUGAUGAAUGACGUACGGUAAGAUUUGUUAUUGUUCCGCUAUGAAUGUAAACAAACGUGGCGUAAUGCUUCCAGCUGUCAGUCAGUGCUGUGCUCGAAGCAGAGAGAAGGAAAAUGAUCCGAAAGUUCGCUAAACAUUGGCGCGAUUCAGCGUCCCUGCUAGUGUUAGCACGGGACCAACCAGCGGCACAACAUAAUAAGUACAAUUAUAAGGUACUUGUAUUCAAACGUACCUCUAAUACGUCAUUCAUGCCAAAUAGUGUAGUUUUUCCCGGUGGCGGUUUCGACAAACAGGACGCUUCGCUUGGCUGGGAAUCGUUCUUUCGCGAAAGAAAUGUUUCCAACACAGCGUUAAAAGCUAUCACUCAAGUCGACGGUGCAAGACCCUACAUAUUCCAGACGGAGGGUACCGAUUUGCUCGACCGCAACCUCUCGCUACGUCUCUGUGCACUGCGAGAGGCCUUCGAGGAGCUCGGCGUAUUGCUCGUUACAGACGAGCAGAGGCAGAAAACGGAAACUGGUUUUAGCAAGUGCCUACAGCUGCCUGAUGUGGACUCGUGGCAGCAAAAGAUACACGAUGGUACAGCAUCAUUCCAGGCGCUGCACACUGCACUUAGCACCGUGCCGGAUGUGUUCAAUUUGUACGAAUGGUCAUGCUGGCUAACGCCGGCCAUGUUUCGGAAACGGCGUUUUGAAACGGUGUUCUAUCUAGCGGUACUGAACAAAAUGCCUGCCAUACAUCCAGAGCCCCAUGAAGUGCAGGAAUAUUUUUGGGACACGCCGGCAGCUUUAUUAGAGGCACACCGUGAGGAAAAAAUAUGGCUCGCACCACCCCAAACGUACGAGCUGACGAGGCUCAGCUUCGUGUACGAUAUCGACCAGUUGGUGCGGUUUGCGGACAAACGCAAUCGGAAGGGUUCCACAUUGCUCUGCCCGAUACAGUACAAUGCAGCGGAUGGUGUGAUAUUCGUGCUGCCCGGUGACGAUCUGUAUCCAGCCGACUACGAUUAUCUCUCCGACAAUGCUGAUUUAGACAAGUACGGGGAGCAGACGCGGGAAGCCAUACGAAAGCAAGCGAAACGAUUGCAUCGUGUAGAGCACAAGGAUUUGCAUCACCAAGCAUUCUUUCUGAAUCAACAGCCGCUUGAUGAUCACCUACACGUGCAGGGGUUGAAUGGAAAUCUGCUGCAAAACCAAUAGAUGACCCGCUAACAGUAGGAGGUUAGUCUGAAAAUUAGGUGCUACGGGUUUUAUAAAAAAUAGUGCAAUACAAUGUUUAACCUUUCCCAUAAA